AUGGCCUCAGAGAACCCAAAUCUGCCACCUUCGGCAGCAACUGAGGCUGUUCUGGUGCCGUCUGAUGAACUUCCCAAAGAUGCACAAAAGGUCGAAGAGAUUGAUUUCAAUGCAUUCAAGGGAAAGCCAAUUACCGUGGAAGAUAUGCUUGAAAACAUGAAGCAUAUGGGUUUCCAAGCAAGCGCAAUGGGUGAUGCUGUGCGCAUUAUCAACAACAUGCGGGCGUGGCGAGGCCCCGAGGGCGAAAAGACGACUAUAUUCCUGGGGUAUACCUCGAACAUGAUUUCGUCAGGCCUGCGUGGAGUCUUUCGCUAUCUGGUUGAGCACAAGCAUGUCGACUGCAUUGUCACAACGGCCGGCGGCAUCGAGGAGGACUUUAUCAAAUGUCUCGGAGACACAUACAUGUCUUCUUUCAGUGCCCCAGGAGCCGAGCUGAGGUCGAAAGGCCUAAACCGUAUAGGCAAUCUCAUGGUGCCAAAUGCCAACUACUGUGCUUUUGAAGAUUGGGUCAUGCCUAUCCUGGACAAGAUGCUGGAGGAACAGGAGGCAACAAAGGGUACCGAUGAUGAAAUCAACUGGACACCAUCCAAGGUGAUACACCGACUCGGAAAGGAGAUCAAUGAUGAGCGUUCCGUCUACUACUGGGCCUACAAAAAUGACAUCCCAGUUUUCUGCCCGGCCUUGACAGAUGGCAGUCUCGGCGACAUGCUCUACUUCCACACCUACAAGGCCUCCCCACAACAUUUCAAGAUUGAUAUUGUCGAGGAUAUCCGGCGUAUCAACACCAUCGCCGUGCGCGCAAAACGGACCGGUAUGAUCAUCCUCGGUGGUGGGGUAGUCAAGCACCACAUCGCCAACGCCAACUUGAUGCGCAACGGUGCCGAGUAUGCAGUAUACAUCAAUACUGCUCAGGAAUUCGACGGAAGUGAUGCGGGUGCGCGACCCGACGAAGCUAUAUCGUGGGGAAAGAUCAAAGUCAACGCAGAAUAUGUCAAGGUCUACCUUGAAGCUUCAGCUUGCUUUCCUAUGAUAGUGGCUAGCACUUUUGCCAAAGAGAACUAA